ACAAAACUUUUAUUAUCCGUAAUUAUGGACUUACAAGUACAUUUUCUUAAUGUCAUUUAUUUCUUUUUUUGGCUGCUCUCUGCCCCGGCCCCAGAGCUCACAAGCCAGGGAUCAGCUCUGAUCCAUAGUUGUGACCUAAGCCACAGCUGCAACAGCGCUGGAUCCCCAACCCACUGUGCUGGGCCAGGGAUCGAACCUGUGUCCCAGUGCUCCAGAGAUGCUGCCGCCAAUCCCUGCACCGCAGUGGCAACGCCACAAGCACAUUUUUAAAUCACUGUACUUUUUAAAAGGCAAUCUAUGGGGGGAAAGAAUCAAAAAUAACAGAUAUGGCUACUCCAUUAUGCUCAGAAAAAAGUAUUUCUCUAACUAAGGUGAUGUAAACUAAAAACUCGAUUCAGGAACGAUGACUAUACGAAAACCAUUUGCUGUAAACAGCUUCACCUAAUUCAGGUUUUGAAAGCUGGCUGUGUCUGUGGUGUGAAGCCCGCUUGUGGGAGAGCAAGGUCCCGCCCGACAGAGCCCGCUUGUCCGGGGAGCCGUGGCCCAGGGGUACGGGUGAAGGGCGCUGGAGAGACCUCCGCCACGGAAGCCAGACCGGUGGACCUGCAGACUCACUGGUGUGGAGCCUCAGGAAAACUCCCCUGCAGCAAGGAAAAGAAACCCUGGUGCGGCUCUCACGCAUGCGGGUUCAGUUCUGGCUUGAUCCUGCCAUUCAGGGAGGCUCACCUUCUCCCUCCCUCCCGCCACGUUGCAGGUGCCAAGUACCCUCAAACUGUCAAGGGGCUGCAGUCCUUUCCCGCAACCUUCCUCCAGCUCCACCCAGAGACCAGGGGCUCGCUUGGAGCUCCCGUCAGUCUGCAUGGGAGACAUGCCAUGUGCUGAUUCCAUUUCAAAGCGUUUUUAAUUGACAGAGGAUUCAGGACUCCCCAAUUAGUGUGACAAUUAGGAAUAGGAACCUCAUUUAAGACGGAGGCUGGAGGAGUUCCUGCCCUGGCUCAGGGGCUAACCAACUGAUUAGUAUCCAUGAGGACUCGGGUUCAAACCCUGGCACCGCUCAGUGGGUUAAAGAUCCGGCAUUGCCGAGUCAUGAGCGUGGUGUAGGUCACAGAGGCGGCUGGGGUCCCACGUUGCUGUGGCUGUGGUGUAGGCCCGCUAGCCUGGGAAUUGCCAUGCGCAGCAGGCACUGCCCUAAAAAGGGAAAAAAGAUGGAGGCUGGAGGCGGAAGCUGGAGCCCUCAGGGAAGUACCUCUCAGCCCCUCCGCAGACCAGCCAGGGAGGGAAGAUUCCGCGGUGGCAACAGCUCAGCCAAGGGGAGACCACUGCUGCUCAGCCAAUGAGAAGCCACCGUCAUCCAGCCAAUUGGAACCCUCCCCACCACUCUCGCUUUCCUCCCAUGGACCUUCUUGGAAGCAGCCCUUCUCACUUCCUCUGUUUGCCCCACGUGGUUAUACUCUCGUCAAACUGUACGUCCCAAAUUGCCAUUCCUUUCUACUCCUGAAUAAAGCCCUUUUGCUGGUAAAAUAACUAUGUUUAAGGUACGGUGAGCUAGAGGCAACCAGCACCCACUUAGAAGCCAGAACACUGUCCGCGCGGUCCGACUCCAUCCUCCAGCCUGCGGGUCACUGGUCCCAGUGUUCCCGAGGAUCCAGCUCACUGCCUCCUUGGGUUCCUAAGGGUGCAGGCCUGUCCGGCCUCUGCUCUCCGGAGUCCAGGCCACUGCGCCCCGUGUCCCCCAGUCUCCGAAGCGAUGCCCCGCCCCACAGUCGUAGGAGCGGCCAGCGAAGGGAGGAGCGGGAGGAGGCAGGGGUGCCCACUAGCCCCAGUCCUACGUGUUAUCUGUGGAAAGGCGAACUGGAGGCGCCCUCGCCCCCCGCCAGGCGGCAAGACAACCCUGGAGCCUGCUUUUUUGCUUUCUAGAGCCGCACCCGAGGCACAUGGCGGUCCCCAGGCUGGGGGUCGAAGGGUCCAACCGGAGCUACAGCCGCCGGCCUACACCACAGCCACGCCAGACCCCAGCGUAUCUGCGACCUACACCACAGCUCACAGCAAGGCCAGAGCCUUCACCCAGGUUUCGCAACCUCACGUUCUCCCGUCGUAUUCGUUUUCACUGUGCCAAGAUGGGAAAUGCCCGGAGCCUACUUUUUUCAGUUUUUCUAACGCCACGAAAUGCCGCGAGAUUUCGAGCAGGCACCAAGCACUAGAGAUAUCGCGAGACAGCAGCGUGCCACCGCCCCCCCGCUUCCGGAUACAGCAGACCUCGCGACAAGUGGAGCUGUCGCGAGAGGAUGCCAGCGGUCUUCCUCGUCCUAUCCGGGCGGGGCGGGGAAGACGAAAAGCUCUUGGUGAGGCUGGGCCUUUCUGGGGACGAUGCCGUCCGCAUUCUCAGUGAGCUCGUUCCCCGUCAGCAUCCCCGCCGUGAUCAUGCAGACAGACUGGACGGAGCCGUGGCUGGUCGGGCUGGUCAUCUUCCACGUACUCUGCCUGCUGCUCACCUGCUUCUCAUCCCGGAGGUAUAAGCUACAGGUCGGGCACUUCCUGUGUCUGGUGACGCUGGUCUACUGCGCCGAGUACAUCAAUGAGGUUGCGGCCAUGAACUGGAGGUCCUUCUCAAAGUACCAGUAUUUCGACUCGAGGGGGAUGUUCGUGUCCCUGGUCUUCUCGGCACCGCUGCUGCUCAACGCCCUGGCCAUCGUGAUCCUGUGGGUGCGCAAGACGCUGGCGGUGAUGAGCGACCUGAGGACCUUACAGCAGCGCCGGGGGCGGCCGAAGCAGCAGUGACGGCUCUGCCCCCGGCUGGCGCCUGGGCAUCCAGACCCGCCCCGCGUCCCGAGACGCUUGGGCUGGCUUUGAAGGGCGCUCGCCCGGCCUGGGUCCACCCAGAAGGUCUGAGUCUCCCUAGUUAAACUGUAAACGGAGCCCCUGCAGUCAAGCCUGAGCUCGGGACACCCUGUCUGUCCAUGUGGGAGGGUUGAGGGGUGGACAGCGCCAUCCACGCGUGGGCACCCCCAUUGGCCCCUGUCACCCCCACCCUCCCCGUCAGCCCCCUGUCACCUCUAUCACUCCCCCAUCACCCCUGUCACCCCCAUGCUCCCCGUCAGCCCCCUGUCACGGUCACCCCUGUCACCCCUGUCACUGCCAUCACCCUGGUCUGGCCUUCGUGGCGACGGCCUCUCCAGGCAGGGCUGCCGCUGGACAGGGCAGGAGGGGCCGCCUGGCCUCUGUGCAGUUGGAGGCGUCACGGCGCCGGCGGAGGCCGGAGUCGGGAUCUUCAGAGGCGGCAGCCGCGCGAGCCCCUUGAGUUGUGCUUCAGGAAGGAACGUCGCCAUUAAAACAGUCAGCAGCUGCCUGGUUCAACUAAGAGGUUUUAUGGCAAAUACCGAGACGGGUUCUGUCCCUUGGUUCCUGCCUCUUACAUUCUGCUCGGGGACAUGCCACCGCCUCUUCUGUUGGAGCAGGUGCGCUGAUUCGGUGUCACGGCCGCGCUGCGGACUAGACCUGCAGCUGGAGGGUGGGGGCCGCAUGUCUAAACUCAGCGUUUGAGAAAGAGGAGGCGGUUGGCUCCUGAUGGGGUUUGAAAAAAUAGCUUGCGAGCCUUCCUGCUGUGACUCAAAGGGAUCAGCGGCAUCUCUGCAGCGCUGGGCGCGGGUUUGAUCCCUGGCCGGGUGCAGUGGGUUAAGGCUCUGACAGGGCUGCAGCUGCAGUGUAGGUCACGCUGGGACGUGGCUCUGAUCCUGGCCCAGGAAAGCCAUGUGCCAUGGGGUGGCCUGAAAAAAAGAGAGGAAGUAGUUUAUGAAUAGUUGUCUUAAUUUUAAGAAGAUGUUUUCCCUUAAAUGAAGUAUAUUUUUCAAAUUUCAAAAGAAAAAAAAUUGGUCACGUGAAAGCAUUAUAUUUAGUGGUUCAGAGGGUAACACUGCUGGAUGAUGGGAUUAAAUCUUGAAAUCCAGACGUAAAGACAGCUGUAAACUCUUAGCAGAGAAAUUAUUUCCUUAAUUUUGACGUUGGUUUUAGAACCGAGUCGAUAGAACUUCCUAGAUCAAUCUCUUGGAGCUUUUAACCUCACAUCCUUUCUUGAUGUGAACGUCUGUACUGAACAUUGAAAAAAUUGACUCAGCAACAGCAUGUCACGUGAAAUCCAGUUUUAGAUGUCUUGCACCUGAUGACAUCCUGAGGGUGCGUUGCUGAAAGUGACCAGUUCAGGGUGUUCCUUGGUGUCCUGGCUUCAGAAGAGUCGCCUGCAUCUGAGCAGCUCCCGGGAGCCCACAGCGGCAGGGGCUGCGGGCGGGGUCGAGUGUCCCCUCCAGCGCCGGCCUGGGGCCAGGGGACAGAAGUGCCCGUGGCAACGUCCUGCCCUUGCCCUCGGCCCCUCGGAGCCCAGGGAGUGCAGGCAUUUCCACCAUCCGGAGCCACUCCUGUCAGCGCGAGACUGUGACUGGCUCUCAGCUGUCCUGUGAAGACCGGGUAAUGACAUCGUCAUUGGCCUGGAUGUGGGGUCAGACGUCCCGUCGAAAAACACGACGUAGGGCCUUUUUGUUCACUGGUGUGUGUAAGUUUUGGGGAAUCGUUGUGUUUUAUUUUCACAAACACAACCUGUUUUUAAAACUUUUAGUAGGUUUCUCUCCAGUGGCUUAAAGGGCAGUGUUUACGAACACCAGGCGUCCUCAUGCUUGGGACACACUCCAAGCCGUCGCUGUCCCAGCACUUCAGGUCACCUCAAGUGUGGGGACUGUGGCCCUUUCGGGGCAUGGGGGUGCUGCUGGGGCUUGGGGCCUCCAGGCGGGUGGAAGGGCAGCCUGUGUCUGUCAUCUGCGGACGAGAAGACGAGAGACACGCGUGGUCAAGGCGCAUUUAGCCCGUUCCAGACCUGCGACCUUCAGUUUGUCAGUUGCUGUGUAAUAAAGUCUUAUUUUAUUUCAAGUAUC